AUGGCAAGGGACGACGCCAUAGCCCUUAUGUUCGACAUCUUGAUCGCGGGGGGUGACCCGAUGUCUACUACGGUGGAGUGGGCACUGGCGGAAUUGCUGGACAACCCAAGCACCAUGUCCAAGGUGCGUACCGAGAUGGCGGCUGCUUCGUUCGGUUGCAAUAGUAAGCAAGCAAUCGAGGAGGCUGACCUGAUUCGCCUGCCGUACCUCCAGGCUGUGGUGAAGGAGACGCAGCGGCUGCACCCUGUGAGUCCAUUGACGUUACCUCACAAGGCCAUAGAAGAUGGGGUUGAGAUUGGCGGCUACGUGAUUCCAAAGGGAAGCACUGUUAUCAUCAACUUGUCAGCUGUAAUGCGAGACCCAGAUGUGUGGGAGAUGCCGGAGGAGUUCGUUCCGGAGCGCUUCAUCGGCACCGAUGGGAACGUGGGCAUGAAAGGGAAAGAUCAGUUCCAGUACAUUCCGUUCGGAGGAGGACGCAGGCAGUGCCCUGGCAUGGCAUUGUCGGAGCGGGUUGUGCCGCUUGUGCUGGCGUCUUUGCUGCAGGCGUUCGAGUGGCACCUGCCAGACGGCAUGACCUCUGACAAAAUGGACAUGAACGAAAUGUUUGUCUCUGCCAACAUCCGUGCUGUACCUCUCAAGGCUGUCCCAGUGGUCAUUAUGUAG